AUGGAGCCAAACGUAAAGUCGGAGGAGCCCGUCUGCAUAGUCGAUAGCGCAGUCUCGAACCCAGAAGAGCGCCAAUAUCGUAUGAACGCGAUGUGGCCAAUGAUGUUCAAGGACAGUGGCACAUUCGCGCCUGCCAUCCAGAACUGCUGCCGCGCCGAACGACAUUUCACCGUCGAUCUUGAUGCCAUGACCGGAGAAUGGGCUGCGGGUGAUCAGCAAGUCCAAUUGCGCUGUCCCAAGCCUGGACUUACCUUGGAACUGCGCGACCAAUGUUACGCCCUGUUUGGAGACACACAAUACCUGCACACAUGCGAGCUGAUCAUUCAUACUUCGCCCGGCGUCGAGGCAUCAUGUCCGGCCAUGACCGCCGAUACACGUGCCCCUCCCCUCCCUCCCUCAAACACGUCUCAGCAGUAUGACAGAUCCACUUGCAGAACGAUUGCCCACAUGGUCAAUCAGUUCCUGUCCCAUCGAACAUUCGAGGCUAUGAAGCGCAUGACCGCUUUUGAUUGCCUAGCCUAUCCGGCAUUUCUACUGAUGCUCGUGUUCCUCUCGCUGGUUCAUGCUGGUCCUAUCGAACCCGCUACUCGGAAUCGCUGCGUCGGCUUUGAGCAAUGCAGGAAGUUAGCUCAUCUAUCUGCAUUCAAGACAUCGGCACAGGCGGAGAAGGAGUUGAUCUUGAUUCGCUAUACAGCGAGAAAUGCCAAAAAACUUUUCACCUGUCUCAAGCAGGAGGCUGCCAUCUUAUCUGGGCCACUCGUUUGCAAAGUCGACAACGAAGAGUCCAGUCCUUCGGAACGCAAGUAUCGCAUGGAGGGCAUAUGGACAAUGCCGUUCAAUGAUACUGGCCCAUUCGCACCCACGCUAGAGGCUUGUUGCACAGUGGAACGGCACUUUUUGGUCGACCUGAAUGUCAUCAGCGGCCAGUGGGCCUUAGCAAGCGGAACCGCUCGCUUCCGCUGUCCUAGAGGUGGGCUCGUCGAAGAUUUUGAUCAUUGCCGUCUCAGCUUCGGCAACGCUCCUUACGUGCAGACGUGCGACAUCGAGAUAGGGUCAUGCUUGCAACAGUUUCAUUCGUAUCAUAAUGGCAAAUGCUUCUGGCGAGGCGAAAUGUCUCCCGAUACCUAUGUAGAAUGA